AUGCAAAGAUUUGAAGAAUGUCCAGAAGAAGUUCGUGACAAAAUAUUCUCAUACCUAACAAUACAGGACUUCAAAAAUGCAUCUUUAGUGUCUAAGCAUUGGUAUAAUUUAAUUGGACAGUCAAAAUUGUGUAUGAGGAAACUACGGAUUAAUAAAUGUGAUUGUUUUGAAGAUUUUGAGAGUAUUUUGAACAGCAAUCGUCAAUAUCAGCACUUGACUCUUAUGAUUGAACAAUCGGAACUGAAAAAAAAUACUAAAUACCUGCGCGUUUUACGUGAUAUUGUUGAGAAAUUCUCAGAGUCGCUACUAUAUCUUAAAAUAUCACAGGACCUAAAAUUGAAGGAUGAUCUUCUAAAGCUAAAGGAGCUUCAAAUUGUGUUGAAUAAUGAAAUUCGACUUCCUGUAAACUUUAUCGUAUCAAAUGGAUUAAUUACAAAAGCUAUAAAUUUAAAGAAAUUAUUAAUUAAGUUUCACAACUUUGACGCAAAAUCACUUCAGUACAUUAGAGACGCUAUUUUAAUGCAUGAAAGCCUAAAAAUAUUAGAGAUGGAAACCCAUCACAUUAUCCAAGAACUUAAUCAAAAUGACAUUAAAUUAAAGCUUUAUGAAAUUCACUUAAAUUAUGGAGGAAAGCCAUUAAAAGCUUUUGAGCAGUUCUUCGAUACACAGAUUUCAUCACUACAAGUCAUUGAUAUUCCAUUAGAGAAAAAUUUCAUUAAUUAUUUUAUAUCAAAGUUCCCAAAACUUCAUACUCUUAUCAUUAUAUUUGCUUUAUAUUCAGCUUAUGAGAAGCAAAUGGAACAAGAAAAUUUCGAAUAUACCAAAAAUUGGUCGAUAAAAAAGCUCAUAAUUAAAGGAUAUUUCACUAAGGAGAAUCACAUGUUCUUUCAUGCAUGCGAAAUCAUCAAAAAGUUCUUAAAUCUUCAAGAAAUCGAAUUCGAAUACCUUAAUCCAGGAAUGUUGCCUCACUUGAACGACUGUCAAUCACUUAAAAUUGUCAAAUAUAAGCACUUGAAUUUUAAAUUUCCACAAUCACAAAACGAUGUUAUGACACAGCAUGAAAGAUUAAAAUUUGUACAAAUUGAGCACUAA